UCUGACCAAUAGGUGCCAGCCUCUGCAUGCAGUCACUUCCGGCCGGGUCAUUCCCAUGCGUAACCGCGGCCCGGUGCAGAUUUCACCCAAAACAACCCAUCACAAAAAACCGCUUUCAUUUCUUCACUUUUCUGCGUGGACGAGGAAGCGAAAGCAACGACGGCAAGUCAUAUAAUUUUUUUUCUUUUUUAGUUCCUCCUUUGUUCUUUGGAGCACACUUAUUACCUCCAUAGCUAAUAUUUUUGCUUUACGAAUCAAUUCCAGCAAGAGGCGCUGGUUAGCCAUUCCGCUUGGAUCCACCCCCCCCCCGUGUAUUCCAUUUUCCCUCUCGGUAUUAGCUAGCUAACUCACCCAGGCGACGGUAACUGUCCCUCCAUCUACACGCCGACAUGCCGGAGUACCUGGACGACCCGUCUGUGCUUACUAAGGACAAGCUAAAGAGUGAGCUGCUGGCCCAAAACGUGGAGCUUCCGAGUGGAAACCCGACCAAGGACGUGUAUGUGCAGCUUUAUCUGAAGAAUCUGACCGCUCAGAACAAGAAACAUGCCACGGCCACGACUUUGGACGCCUUCUCCAGCGACGAGGAGCUGCCGCCGCCCGUGGUCGCCAGCAGAAGUCGCUCAUCCGGCAGAAAAGCCACCAGGAAAACGGACAGGGUUCGGCCAGAGGAGCUGGAUGUGACCCUGCUGACCGACGAGGGCCUGAGGGACGAGCUGUUCAAGCACGGAGUGGAUGUGGGGCCGAUUGUGGCAUCCACCCGUAAACUGUAUGAGAAGAAACUGCAAAAACUGCUGGACGAUGGUCCUGCACAGCCACCACUGCCACAGCUGGUUCUCACUGAGAUACAAGUCAACCACAAUGGCAACUCUGAAUCAGAACUCUACAGUGACAAGGAGGACGAAGUGACAACAGCACCAGAACCAGAGCCUGUGGCAGAGCCUGAACCAGAGCCUGAACCAGCUCCACUGGUGGAGAGACCGGUGAGGAGCCGAGGGAAGACGCCCGUCACCCCCCGCACCCGCAGCAGCCAGCACCACACGAGAGAGCAGUUGAUGGAUGAGGAAAAUGAUGACGAUGAACCUGUCCUGCGAGUAAAGCACAGAUCCAGGAGGUUAUCCCAUAGAAGGCAGAUAGUGCCUGAGGAUCUCAGGCCUGUAUUGACAAAUCCUGUCCAGUUAGAGUCUAACAGGAAGGUUCACCACAAGCCUUACAGUCCAGCUCGGGUUGAACCUCGCUCCACCAGUUCCAGACCUGUUCAGAGUCUAGCAGGGGAAACUGUGUCCCAUAAUGUGGGCCACAAACCGACACUUGAUCCAGCAAUGAAGAUGGUUGCCCAAAACACAGCUGAGGUCUGCAGAGCUCCGGGGAGUCCCCGGUGGAAGAUCCAUAAGGAAGAACUGGGCCUGGAUCUUCCCAAACACAGUAAGGAUUCAUCUCACAAGGCAGUCGCUCUGCUCAACACUGCUCUGCUAGAGUCAAAGAGUCUGCCCGAAGAACAGAGUCCACGACCAGCUUCCAGGCCUUCAUCCCCUCUGGUUCUCCACACCAGAGUCGACCCAGUCUCCUUUAGCCCCAUGUGUAACAUCUCACCCAUUAAGAGUCAGGAGCCCCACUGGACUGUGUCAGACCAGAUUGGAUCUAAACCCAGCGGUGUGUCUGCAGCAGGGGAGGAGUGUGACCCUCCAGACAUCCUGCUGCAUAAAAGGAGGCAGCAGAAAAUCACCGACUCCCUGUCCACGUGCAGCCCUGCGAAGACACACAGCUACACGUCCAGACAGUCAGGGGAUGCGUUCGUGAGACAGGUGGAGAAGAUCACAGCCAGUGACCAGAACCCAAAAGUGGAGGAGAAGGGUGUUCUGAAGGAGCUGUUUCCCAAUGACAUUAACAGUCCAACAGGAAUCAUCGCCACCUGUCGGCGACCCAUCCGAGGAGCUGCCGGUCGCCCGGUGAAGUCCAGUGACCUGUGGAACAGUGAAAACAGCCUCUUCUCUCCAAAAACCACCAAGACCAGCAGCUCCUCGUGCUCCUACACAGAGACCCGCACGGUCAACAGAGUCACCAGCCUGCCCCCGUCCAGCCCCUCUGCCACUUUCAACUCCUCCAUCCCCACCUCCUCUUUCUCCACCUCCUCCUCCUCCUCCUCCAGGCUUCUGUCUGCAGCUCCCCCUGCAGGUCAGACCAAGGCAGUGCGCCGCAGCAUGUCCCUGUGGAUUAAGCUGUUCCUGCUGGCCAUCGUGGCUGCUUUCCUGUUCUUGGUUUACCAAGCCAUGGAGACCAACACCCUCAACCCAUUUGUAGCCGCAGACACAGAAGUGGCCGGGGGCAGCACAGCAUAGAGAGCGCAGGAAGUGUCUGAGGGCAGAGAGAAGCCUGUCUGCUUCUAUUUUUUCAUUUUUGAAGUGUGAAUCUACAUUGUAGCCAUUUUGUUCACGGGUGCUAUGAAAUUACCUCUGACAUCAUCGCCCGUUCGUCCUCAAGUUUUGUUUUGUUUUUUUUCGUUUUUUUUCUUUCAUUUCUAAACCCGUUUUCACUGAAUUCCUAAAGAGAAGCGACAUAGCCGUUUCAGUGACACUUCAAGGAUCACCAUGACACGCUGUGAAAGGACAGUACCGCAUCUGUUGUUGUUUUGGUCUACCCUUGACCUCACCGUCUGUGAGGUUACAACAAAGCUAGCCACUAAUCGGCUUCGAGAAGCAGAAACACCGUGGAUUGCAUAGAAAUUUUUAUUUCCCGUGUUUUGGUUUGCUUGGUUUUUUUUUUUUUUUUCAGACUUGCAUGGUGUGUUUGCGCGAGUGUGUGUGUUUGUACUGAAUGUGUGUGGUUGAGAUAUUUUUGAGAUUUUUUUUUUUUUUUCCACACCUCAGUUUCUGUCUCUGUUAGUCAUUAACAGCCUUGAAGAUGGAAUUUGAACCUGUAAUUUUGUUUUGUACUUUACUCGACCAUCUUUGUUAAUGAGACAGAGAGGCUUGUUAUAAUACAAAUGGUUCUAAAUCUUCCUAAACCCUAUGCCAAUAUUUUCUUAAUGUUCUCUUAUAAUAAAAUUGAAUGUCCCAGUGUAUUCUACUUAUUAUGUAUUCACUGUCUCAAAUAUUAAAUAUCCACUCAAUAAACUAUUAUGUUGUUACAGUG